AUCUCAUCUCACACACCAACAAAUUACUUUUUCCCUCAAUCAACUGAUCAUUCAUUUCAUAAUAUUAUUUAUCCAGACAACAGCCAGCCGCCAACAUGAGUCAAGAAGGGAGUAGAACGAGUUUCUUCAACUAUCCGGUGCCGAAGAAAGGGCCCAGUGUACCCUAUUCGAUCAAAAGCAGCUCGAACCCCGUCUUGACCGGGCUUUUUCUCGUUGUGGCUGCCUUCUUGAUGGAAUGGUUCCGGAUCAUCCGAGAAGCGGCGUGGCGCAACGCGGGCUUUGACUCACUCCGCAAGAUCAAGGCCUACAUUAAGGAUUACGAGCCUCAUUACGAACCGACCAUUAUCCCGCUUCCUCUUAACGAGUCAGAAGCAAAAGCCCGGGGGCGAAAGGACCAGCUUUCGGCUUUGUUGAAAGCAAAUGACCGGCCUCACGAUCUUGGGUUAUACUCGGUAGCUGACUACCGUGCUCUGUACCUGUCGGGAGAAUUGACCCCAACGGACGUUGUCAAAGCUAUUCUACUUCUCAUACGCCGCGAUGGCGCCCAGCCUGGAAAGCAUUCCAUAGCUUGGAGUGAGAUUAAGCAAGAUCAGAUCAUGAAAGCAGCCGAGGCUUCGACUCAACGCUACAAGAACAAGCAAUCUCUUGGACCUCUAGAUGGGAUUCCUUCAGGUAUCAAGGACGAUUACGACCUUGAUGGUUACGCUACUACCCUCGGCUCCGCCACAGACUACGCCGUUGCAGUAUCUGAUGAGACAUCGUCGACGAGCUGGUUGGCCCGCAAGCUUGAGGAGGCAGGCGUUAUAAUUCUUGGUAAACUGCACAUGCAUGAAUUUGGAUUAGAUACGACUGGAAAUAACCCCAUCCAAGGCACGCCUCCCAACCCGUUCAACCCAGGUUACUAUACUGGCGGGAGUUCUUCCGGUCCGGGUUACGCUGUCGGCACUGGCAUUAUCCCCAUCGCCCUUGGCAGCGAUGGAGGUGGCAGCAUUCGCAUCCCGUCCUCGUUCUGCUCUGUUUUUGGUCUGAAGCCCACGCAUGCUCGUCUUGCGACCUGGCCUGGCGUCAAUCACUCUUCAACUUGCGCGGUCCAAGGCCCUCUCGCGAUUGAUAUGAAAUCUCUAGUAUCUGUGUACGAGGCCAUCGCAGAACCUCAUCCAUCAACCAAAUACCCUCCCUUGGCCCUUCAGCCAGCGCCUCCAGUGACGAAAGUCCUCGGAAUCUACGAAGCGUGGUUCUCCCGAGCACAGCCCGGGGUUCAGACCCUAGUUCGCAGCCUUGUAGAUACUCUGGUCGCCAAGUACGACUAUAAUGUCGUCCCCAUCGAAAUUCCAUUUGCUCCCGAAGGGCAAAUGGCACAUGCGCUUACUGUUCUGACCGAUGCCGCGACCCUCCUUGAUGACACAGAAGGCAUCACGGCAGCCAACAAAGUCCUCAUAUCUCUCGGUCGCACAACUCCCUCUACCGACUAUCUCCUAGCGCAGAAGCUGCGUGGCCUGCUGAUGCAACACUUGGCCUACCUUUGGCAAACGUAUCCCGGUAUGCUCAUCAUCACACCCACAACAGCAUGCGCGGGAUGGCCGAUUCGCGGUGGCCAAACAGAAUUGUCUUACGGCCUCAACAACGGAGAUUACACUUUGGAGAGCAUGGAAUACGUAUGGCUGGCCAACUUCUGUGGCCUUCCGGCUUUGAGCGUGCCGGCAGGCUAUGUCAUUCCCGAGGGCAGCAGAGGAGCUGGCGAAGUUGCUAGUAAGGAGACUGAGGGCAUGGUCCCUGUUGGUCUAAUGGCGGCUGGUGAAUGGUGCAGUGAAGAUGCGCUGCUCAAGUUUGGCUUUGAUGCAGAAGCGGCGGCUUUAGAUCGACGGUGCAAGCCUCAGACUUGGGAGGAUAUCAUCGAAAGGGCAAAGACGGAGGCGAAAACGAACGAGGCCGUAGGAGACGGGGUCAGUGACUAUUGAAUCAGAUAAAAACAGUGCCUUAUGCCAGAUGAUAGGACAAAAUAUUUCCUCUGUUCAUGAACC